CCAGCAUAUCUGCUUGCGCUUUAACGCGAAAUUCAAUCGAAACGUCAAAUGUGAUAAAUUAUAAGAAUGCGAAAGUGAAAAAGUGACUGCUUCCCAAAUUGCUUUUUGCUUUUUAGCCGCACCUAACGUCUCAGCUCCUAACAAAUUAAUCUAAUCCUAACCAGCUGAAAUGAUAAAAAGCUGAAUUUACACGAGUUGCUCAAUACGUUCCACAUUCUAGUGCGCUGAGAUUGUUUUUGUACUUUGAAGAUGUCAGUUUUGGUUUGACGUCUGGCAAGUGGUUGUCAAAUGAUUACAAACGGAAAAGUGCAUAAGCCAUUGUCAAAAGUCACGAAUGAGAGAAUACAUCGUGGUUAAAAACAAGCAAACACGGAUGAAUACCUCGGGAUGUGUAUAAUGAAAGAAUUGUAAAUAAAAAGAGCACAUCACAGUGUUUAUUGUUUUCAGUGUACAUUUGCCGCAAGAGUCUCUAUAGCGUCGGUAGGAGCCAAUUCCGAGCGGUGGCAGCAGCAGCAUCAUUACAAAAGACACUCAAAAAGAGAAGUAGCUGAGUGUUACAACGCAUACACCACCCCCGAUUGAGCAUGAACACAACGCAAACGCACUUUGUACGCUGCCCACACGAGCACACGAAUUCCACAAACGUGAUGGCGGAGAACUAUGAAUAGAGCGAAUAUUGAUGCAGCCAUAGGUUCAUACGGCAACGCUUAUGCUAGUUUCAAUAGAUUGUCGAGAGCCAGCAACGCGUUGAGAGCGUUUUCCGUGCGUCCGUGCGCCAAUAUCCGAGAUAAAAAGCAAAUCAUUCAAGCGUUGUCACUGGCCCUAAUAAAUAUUGUGGAAACCCGGUAUUCCAGCAUUUCUAACGCACAGCAGUGUUUUACAAGAUCAAAUUAUCUCCAAUAAUUCUGAAAGGAAGCAGACAUUAACAACUCGCCACUGCAGCAGCUAGCGCCCGUAACAGACCGACAACCCCGCCUAGUGCCCACCGCAUAAACGAAACAACCGCGCGCGUACGCGUUCGGUUGUAAAUGAGACCCUGAGCAAAAAUCGAUAUUUUCUUUGAUUUGCACGCUGCUAAAGUGAAUUUCACAUUUCUCUUCAAGCAAAAAAGGAAUUAACCGAAAUCGUACACAAGAAAUAAUCGGACUAGUUUGCAUUAAAAAAUAAAGUGAAUAAUAUAAAUUGAAUUGAAAAAACAAAAAACAAACGUAAUUUAAAGCCAAUAUCAUUCCAUGAUCUUAACAAAAAAAGCAAAGAAAACGUCAAACGAAUUUGCUGGCUAAUGUAAAAAGUGGAAUAACACAAAAAGCAGACAUUGGAUAACGAAAAGCAUAGAAGAGACAGAAAGCAGGGUAAAAGAAAAAUCCUAUACACAAAAAAUCAACUACCAACAACCAAAAUCCAAUCGACUCUCAUUCAUAGCUGCUUAGGAAUUUUAGUAACAAUUUGCGCUGAUUUUUGCCAUCACAACCCACCCCUCUCCAUUGUUGUUCGGGAGCUUUUCGCCGAUAAGCUACGUUUUCGACACUGCUCGUCUAACAGCGUCAUCACCUUCAUCGUCAUCAUCAACAUCGAACGCAACAGCAGCAAACAGCGGAUACCAACAGUUUUUCUCCCAGCGCGUGUCUUGCAAUAUACAAGUAAAUACUUCAGGCGCAAGGGACAGAAGGUGUUCAGUAAAAGUAAAGUGUACCAAGUUUCGAAGGCACCUAUAUGUGUCUUGACAUGUGCAAGAAUUGCAGAUUCCUGGCAAGAAUUGGAAUUUGUAUUAAAAAUUGAUACGAAGUUUAUGUGGUGUAAAUGCUUUACGAAAUUCAUUAUUCUCUGUGUUAGGCAAUGAAAUAAAAUAUUUUAAACCACAAAAAGUCUGAAUACGAAUUUGCUAAGCAAAAGUGAGACCGAAAGUGAGUCAUGCUGCCGUUGCCAUUGUCGCAUACGCUAUCGGUAUCGUCGCUGUUAACGUCGCCCAAAUUUUUGUCGAAUGUCGCUGUGGAUAUCACAGUAAAUUAAAUUUGUUGACCGUGAGCCUUACCUUCACCGUUCCACAUACCAGUACGCACGCUAAGACGAAACGCUUGCCACCAAUCGUAGCGCGGUAUAAAUUAGAAAAGCGAAAAAUUUACAUAGUAUUAAAAACAAGCGAAAUAUAAUCUAAGUAAUACAACAAAGUGGUUAAGUGGAAAAUAAAUUAUAGAAGUCAAAAGCAAAUUGCCAACAUUUUUAUUCGAAAAUUAGAAUUUUAAAAGAAACGCCUCGAAAACAACGAUUAUAAAGACAGCGGCAUGGCCGUUUGUCCCAAACGUGCGCAAUUCGCAAGGAAAAAUCAAUAAUCGCCAGUCGAGCGAGCAACAAACUACCGCGCGCGUCCUCCCACCACCACAAGAAAAAAUACAGGCGUGGAAAGUGUUGCACACACGCGGUGCGCUGUGAGGCCGACAAAAUUCUGCAGUGAAAAAAGGAAAAUCCAAAAAAGAAUAAGCGUGUGUAAAGAAAAGAAAAUUCUGCUAAAAGACCGAAUUUGGAAUUUCAAUUAAUUAAAAUUGCAUAAAAUAAUGAUAAGCUAAUUUAGCGUUUUCGACGAGCACUGACUGCCACAUAAAUAUAUAAAUCGCCUUCAAAUUCAAACAACCGAACCCCUUGACCCUAAAUAACCCACUGAAAGUUGAGCUCAACAAAAUCAACGAACGACGUGAACAAACGGCAACGAAAGGCCGUUAGCUUAAAAAGUAAAAAUAAUUAAAUAACAAAUUUAAAGUCUAAAGAUCCAGUUUAACAAGUGAUUUGUCGUCUACUUUUGUAAAAAACCAAACACUGCAAAAUGACAAAAGACAGAUUAGCCGCACUACAUGCCGCCCAAUCCGAUGACGAAGAGUCAGAGGAAGUGGCGGUCAAUGUGGAUGCCCAUGAUUCGUACAUGGAUGAGUUCUUCAAGCAGGUGGAGGAGAUACGAGGCAUGAUCGACCGGGUGCAAGACAACGUAGAAGAAGUUAAAAAGAAGCACUCGGCCAUACUCUCCGCCCCUCAGUCCGAUGAGAAAACCAAGCAAGAGCUUGAAGAUUUGAUGGCCGACAUUAAGAAGAAUGCAAAUCGCGUGCGUGGCAAACUAAAAAGCAUUGAACAGAAUAUCGAGCAAGAGGAGCAGCAGAACAAAUCGUCCGCCGAUUUGCGUAUACGCAAAACACAACAUUCAACGCUGUCGCGAAAAUUCGUCGAAGUGAUGACAGAAUACAAUCGCACGCAAACGGAUUACCGAGAGCGUUGCAAAGGCAGAAUACAGCGCCAGCUGGAGAUUACCGGUCGCGCAACGACCAGCGAAGAGUUGGAAGACAUGCUGGAACAGGGCAACCCGGCCGUAUUCACGCAGGGCAUCAUCAUGGAAACCCAGCAGGCCAAACAAACGCUGGCCGACAUAGAGGCACGCCAUGCGGAUAUUAUGAAACUGGAGACAUCGAUUAAGGAGCUACACGACAUGUUCAUGGACAUGGCUAUGUUGGUGGAGUCGCAGGGCGAGAUGAUCGAUCGCAUUGAAUAUCAUGUGGAGCAUGCUAUGGACUACGUGCAGACGGCAACUCAAGAUACAAAGAAGGCGCUCAAAUACCAGAGCAAGGCGCGCCGAAAGAAGAUUAUGAUCCUGUUAUGUUUGACUGUGUUGGGUCUCAUAGUUGCUGCAUAUGUUGGCACAACUUUCAUCAUUAAAUCGAAAUCGUAGUGCUUGUAACAAGAUAAAUCAUUAAAACAAAAUACAUACAUUUGCUGCUGCUGCAUUUUUUCUUUAUUUUUAAGUUAAAAAUAAUAACUUCGCAUGUGUACGAUUACUUCUCUUUUUAUCUGUUGAAAAUCUCACACAUAACGGCAGCGACUAGUGCUUGUAAAGCCUGUUAUUGUUCGAAGAGUUUUCCUAAGUGAAUAAGUAUGUUUUGUACGAAUGCAUUUAGAAACAAAAAAACAAAAAAAAAAACAAACCUUAGCACGCAUCCAUGAGCGCCGCUAUUGUUAUUAUAUUUUGUUUUUUUUAUACGUUGGGGGCGUACUAUUUAACGAAUGGCAAAUGGCUGAUCUGUUGAAUGCCUGCAAUUCCAAAAAACAACUGUUCAACAUAUUUCACACACCUAUGUACCUCUCACUCUCAAAUGAGAAUGCAAGCAAGCAAUUAAACAAAGAGAAAAUUGUAAGCAACAGUAACAAAAAACAAAAAAAACAAAGCAACAAACAGUGACUAACCGCACUCACAAGCACCUCUGAGUUACCUUUGAGCAGCACCACUUUCUUCUUCCAAAUGCACUGCAACUACAACAGCAACAGCUAAGUACCAACUAUACAGCCAAUGCACUGAUGCUCGCUAUAAAAAUAAAAACAAAAUCACAAAAAAAGUAGCAACUCCACUGCAAACUUUUUCUAGCCGCCUCAAUUAACUGCCAACGCACGCAAAUAAUGCACGAUAAAUUUGAAAAAAAAGAAACCAUGAAAUUAAACGCGCUUCACAGCAUGUCGAUUGCAAGUAAAUAGCAGAAAACA